CCGAGAGGCGCAAACAAACAAGAAUCCUACCAUGGCAACAGCAACAACCGGUGGUGCCUUCGUGCUGAUUGUGGCGCUAUUAAACGUGACUUUAGCUGACAAGUUAAAGUACAAAGCGUCCACAAAACCUGUAAGGUUAUUCACCGAAGAGGAACUCCGGAGGUACGACGGCAACCGCGAGGGCGAACCCAUCUACUUGGCGAUAAAAGGGGUGGUGUUCGACGUGACCAAAGGAAAAGAGUUUUACGGCAAAGGCGCGCCUUACAACGCUCUGGUGGGCAAGGACUCCACUCGAGCCGUGGCCAAGAUGUCGCUCGAGGCAGAAGACCUAACGUCAGAUACCUCGGGCCUGACGGCGGAGCAGCUGCGUUCCCUGGAGAGCGUCUUCGAGGGCACGUACAAAGCCAAGUACACCAUCGUGGGCUACACGGCUGCACGCAUCCUCAACCAGGACGGGAGUCCCAACGAGGACUUCAAGCCGGAGGACCAGCCGCACUUUAAUAUCAAAGAUGAGUUUUGACCUCAUCUCCCCCCUUUUCUAAUAUUGAAUUUAUUAGCAUUGUUAGGAGGAGGAUGAUGAUGCUGCUGUAUGUUAACAAACACACUUGACGUGUACAUUUGAAACGUGAUGACUGACUUCUAUUGAAUAAACACACCAAGCACUUUGGAGGGGGAAAAAAAACAAAAAACACUUUUAGGUCAUUUGUCUUUAAAUUUUCAUUCAUUUUUUCCUGUCAAACGUCUUCAAAUAGCGGUAUUGCAUUUUGAUGGUUGUCUGAACCAAGAAGGCCAAGGUAGCUGAGUAUUGGAUUAAGAACCCUGUCAACUUUUGAAGGCCAUCUGAACCAAGAUGGCCAAAGUGCAUAGCCUAGGUACAUGUUUCUGGUUAUUUCUUUACUAGUCACAACUCUUAACUGCGCUUCCUCAGACAUUCGGAGAUUGUUGUUCAGUAGAGGAAGAACCCUGAAAAUGUGUUUUUUGACAGGUAUCUAAAACAGGAAGGCCAAAGUAGCUGUAGGCGCAUGUUUCUGGUUAUCUUGUUACUAGUCACAACUGUUAAUCCCUCAAAUAUUCAGCGAUUGUUGUUCCGUGUAGGAUUCAUGUACUUUUGUUUUUUUAAGGGUAACUGAACCAAGAUGGCCGACGUACCUACAGGUAUGGCUUGGUACAUGUUUGCGGUGUCUCUUUUACUAGUCGCAAUUGUGAAGUGAUCAUCCUUAGACCUACAGGCAUUGUUAUUAGGAACAAAAACACUGUUUUUGACGAGUAUCUAAAACAAGAAGGCUUGUUGCUCUGUAUAAGAAAAACAACAGUGUCAACUUUCAUCUAAACCAAGAAGGCCAAAGUCGUACCGUUUGGUACGUUGGUCCUUUUUACAAGUUAUAGAUGUUAACAUACAUUUCUCAAAUAUUUAGAGAUUGUUGUUUUGUAUAGGAAAGAUUUUUAAAGGGUAUGUUAGUGCUUACAAGUAUGGCUUGGUCUAGUCCUCUGCUCUCUUGACACAAUUUAACUGAUCUUUCGUAGACCUUAAGGGAUUUUUGUUCUGUAUAGAAACAAGAACACUAAUGAUUUUUUGAUGAUGGUGUUUGAAACAAGAUGAUUAUAAAGUAGCUGAGGUCAAAGCUCAUGAUGUUACUUUCUACCUGUGACGGAUCAUUCCUGAAACGUGCCUAGGUUGUUGUGCUGUAUAGGACAACGAACCCUGUUGAUUUUUAUGAGUGUAUGUUUCUCACGACUAUAUCACGGGUGUGAAUAAAUAGCCGAUUGACUGACUAGAAACAUUUCUUGUCGAUAUU